GGCAGUGGAUGGCGGUUGCGCUGCUCGGCGGUCGCUGCUUCCCCGCGGUGUUGCUGCGGCGGGCGGCGGGCCCGUGCCGGCGCGGCCCCGAGGGUGCCGCCAUGCAGCGGUCCGCCGCUCCCGAGGGCGGCGCGGGCUGGCUGGGCGCCCUGCGCUUCGACAACCUGGCGCUGCGCUCGCUGCCGGUGGACGCCUCGGAGGCCGGCGGGCCGCGGGCCGUGCCCGGCGCCUGCUUCUCCCGCGUGCGGCCCACCCCGGUGCAGAACCCGCGGCUGGUGGCCAUGUCGCUGCCGGCGCUGGCGCUGCUGGGGCUGGAGGAGCCCGCGGGCGACCGUGAGGCGGCGGAGGCCGAGGCGGCGCUGUACUUCAGCGGGAACCGGCUGCUGGCGGGCUCGGAGCCCGCCGCGCACUGCUACUGCGGGCACCAGUUCGGCAGCUUCGCGGGGCAGCUGGGCGACGGCGCCGCCAUGUACCUGGGCGAGGUGCUGGGCCCGCGGGGCGAGCGCUGGGAGAUCCAGCUCAAGGGCGCCGGCCUCACACCCUUCUCCCGACAAGCUGAUGGCCGGAAGGUCCUGCGGUCGAGCAUACGGGAGUUUCUGUGCAGCGAGGCGAUGUUUCACCUUGGAAUACCAACAACGAGGGCUGGAACGUGUGUGACAUCGGACUCGAAAGUUGUCCGUGACAUAUUUUAUGAUGGGAAUCCAAAAAACGAAAGGUGUACAGUUGUUCUGAGGAUAGCUUCUACGUUUAUAAGAUUUGGUUCUUUUGAAAUUUUCAAACCUACUGACGAAUACACAGGACGCAAAGGCCCCAGUGUUAACCGCAAUGAUAUUCGAAUACAGAUGCUUGAUUAUGUGAUCAGCACUUUCUAUCCAGAAAUCCAGGAGGCUUAUUCAGACAACAGUAUUCAGAGGAAUGCUGCUUUCUUCAAAGAGAUAACAAAACGGACAGCGAGGCUGGUAGCUGAAUGGCAAUGUGUUGGGUUUUGCCAUGGCGUGCUGAAUACAGAUAACAUGAGCAUAGUUGGACUAACCAUUGACUAUGGCCCUUUUGGAUUUAUGGACAGAUAUGACCCUGAGCACAUUUGCAAUGGUUCUGAUAACACAGGGCGCUAUGCUUACAACAAGCAGCCAGAGAUUUGCAAGUGGAACCUGGGGAAGCUUGCUGAAGCUCUAGUUCCAGAGCUGCCCUUGGAAAUAAGCGAACUCAUCCUGGAAGAGGAAUAUGAUGCAGAAUUUGAGAAACAUUAUUUGCAGAAGAUGAGGAAGAAGCUAGGCCUAAUCCAGCUGGAAUUAGAAGAAGAUAGUAAGCUGGUGUCUGAACUCCUUGAAACCAUGCAUCUCACAGGUGGAGACUUCACAAAUAUUUUCUACUUGCUGAGUUCAUUCUUGGUAGUAGACUCUGAUCCUUCAAAACUGGAAGAUUUCUUAAAAGAGCUUACAAGUCAGUGUGCUUCUGUGGAUGAACUGAAAGUUGCUUUCAGACCACAGAUGGAUCCAAGACAACUGUCAAUGAUGCUGAUGCUGGCUCAGUCUAAUCCUCAGCUGUUUGCAUUAAUUGGAACAAAAGCCAAUAUAAACAAAGAGCUAGAGCGCAUUGAACAGUUCUCCAAACUGCAGCAGUUGACAGAAGAUGAUUUACUCAGCAGAAAUAAAAGACAUUGGAAAGAAUGGCUGGAGAAAUACAGAGACCGUUUGCAAAAAGAAAUAGAAAGUGUUAGUGAUGCUGAUGCCUGGAACGCUCAUCGUGUGAAAGUUAUGAAUUCCAACAAUCCAAAAUAUAUCUUGAGAAAUUACAUUGCCCAGAAUGCCAUAGAAGCAGCUGAAAAUGGGGAUUUCUCAGAGGUAAGAAAUGUACUGAAACUGUUGGAGAAUCCAUUCCAAGAAGCAGAAGAUUUCAGGGAGGUAAAGGAAGAUGCAGAAGAGGAGGGAGCAACUGCUGCAGCAGCUGCUUGUGCUCAAGAGACCAGAAGCAGACUACCCUAUAGCAGUAAACCUCCACUGUGGGCUUCAGAGCUCUGUGUUACAUGAUCUUCAUAACUGCCUUGUUUUGUUUUUUGCUGUAAACUGAAGACUGACCCUCUUUCAGCAGUGAAGAAUGCAGCAAGGCAAACAUCAGAGUGCUAUUAAGUUAUUGAAACAACCCUACAUUUGGAUGCAUCUGCAGCAGUCUUCAGCUGUGCUUAUUUGAAGCAAUCAUGGAUCGUUGGAACAAACCGAUGACAAUCAACAGUCUCCAUAUAUCAGUGAUUUAAAUGUUUUGAGACUAAAAGUCUUUCCUUUGUUCGUACAAGUAUUCAUACACUGCAAGUAAAAAGCAAUAUUUUAUGUUGAGGCAGGCUGAUUUUGACAUCCAAAUGGAGUUGUUGUUUAGUGAAGACAAAAAGAGCAAGUCAGGAAUCUGAUCUAUUUUUGUCUGAUGUCUUAACUAAUAGUACUUCUAACAUUUAUUUACUGCUUUCUCUAUGCAGGGACUAUUAGUUCUCUUUAAUGGAGGAAUAGAUUCAGUGUUGCUUGUUUGAAGCUAUGUUUCAUUUAAUUAAGAAGUUCAUUUCUUGCGAACCUUCAGAUUGAUGUUUAAUCAUUAUCUAUUUUCAGAGAAUUUGUGCAGCCUGGGUCUUGGGGGAGCAAUGGAAUUUUAUUUUUAUUUAAUACAUUAAGAGCAGAAUGAAGGGAGACCACAUGCAUUUGCACUUGAAAAUCUUGGUGGUAAUAUUUAUUCAGGUUCAGUGUGUUCGCAUACAACAUGUGUAAAUACUUACUAAAAUCAUGGGUGCAGUUUGUAAGCCAAUUGACUUGGGCAAGGCCAGUUAGCCAAAUCAGUGUGAACCUUAAAGUACACCAGUACUCAAAUCCAGGUUCGUUUUCUGUUUGUCUGCUCUUAACAGAGUCUCCUUGUGCAAGCAGCAUGCAGGUGAGGUAUCUGUUUGUUCACACUGGUCGGUGGGAUCCUUCCAUUCCCGCUCUGGUCUUGCACCAUUUGGUUUGCUUCCACAGACUUUGAAAAGUUUGACACUGAAAGUUGUCAUUCAGGCCAUGUUAUUUGAGCCUGUGUUAAAGAUCACAGAGGAUAUGGGAGGACGAUGGGAGCUGACUUGCUUGCAAAUUACUUGUUAAUAGUGUUUCAGUUGAGGUUUCAGCAGAAAGUUGGUUGCCACAUCAUUAUUGCCACAUCAGCCAAAACCAGUUGUUGCAUAGUUAGUUACUACUUGGCUUUCUGAACUGCUUUGUAAAGGAGUCUUAGUACUGGUUCAGGUACCUGAAAUCUUGAGGAAGUUUGGUUUAAUGCAAAGGUUUCUCUUUUCCAAAGAGACCACCGUCUUACACUGUGAGUUCAAGCCUACUAAAUUCUUCUUCCACCCCUGUGCAAGCUUAGUAUUAGCUCAGGUUGAUUUGUGCUCUUCUAAGUCUUCCUCAAAAUACAAGCUACUGAAAACCAGAACAGUUGUGCUGCACUUGUAAGCUGCACUGACAACCAGCUUGUCCUUCUUGCUGCCACAGAGAAGAUGAUGCUUUGAAUGUAAACAUAAACAUUGUUGUGUCGUGCCUUCAACCUGGACAAACUGAUACUGAGUAAUGAGUUGUGACAAGCUAGAAUCUUUGAUGGCACUUUCUGUAACGUUGCAGAGUCCUUACAGAAAAGGACAAGCUUGAAGGUGUAUUUACCUUGUCCUUGGAAGGAUGAUAUAGUUGAAAAAGGAAGUACCUUGACAAAGUGGGCAACAACUAAUGCUGGCUCGUGCAGCUGGUUGCCUUCUAGAAAUAAUCCCGUUUGAGAGUUAACUAUCAGAUUAUUUAGCAUAUAAAAUACAAAUUAUCGUGCACCUCUAAUGCCAAAAUCCUGGAGAGAGGGAUACUUUGAAUAGCAAUUUUAAAAAGGGAAAUUGACUGUAACCAUGGGGAAUGAAAACAUGGUGAUGUUUCCUGCUAAAUACGUUCUUUGCUUCUAGAUAGAUGAAGUGCAACAGGUCCAGAAAGCUUUCAAUGAUGAAUGCAGACCCUUGGUGUGACUGCUUUGGUGUGCCACUCAGUAACGUAUUUGUAAUAGAUGCAGUGUGUUCACUGGUGGGUAGGAAUAUGAAGGGGGUCUAACUGCACUGAUACUCACCUGCUUGAUUUCUCAGUGCAUACAGGAACAUCGAUGCUUCAGAUCUGAAGAAGUGUGAUGAUCAGAAGUCAAGUGGAAAGCUUGUGCUCUUCCAGCACACUCAUUUCAACAUGCGGGUAGUAGUUUCAGCUCUGAUGAUAAUGAAUUUCUUCUGUUCUUGUUCUGGAGCAGGGUGGAAGCAGGAGGUUGGGGACAAUUAGACCAAAUUUUGUCCAGGCAAGAAUUUUAUCUCUUAGCUCAGUUCUUCAGAGAGAAGGGAAUACAGCUUUUGACAUUUGGGAGUCUAAAUACUUGAAUCAUAAAUUGCUUAUUGAUUUUUACAGCUUGUAUUUGCAAUAGGUAAACCUGAAAAUACUACUACUUAUUGGUCAAAUAUUCUGCUUGUAAAAAAGCCAUGGACUUGUGCUCAAAAUGAAAAAUGAAUUGGUGACUCUUCACAUCAACAGCUUUCUAUGGAAACACUUGAUCAGACAGUCGGUGGCUGAGGAGCUGGAAGGACCCUUGCAUCAAAGCAGGUGGUACCCAGGUCACAAAACUGAACUGCAAAGCUCCUGGGGACAUGUCUCUGGAUGGUCUCACGUGGUAGAGGAUGGUGUCCUCUCCUGACUCUCUUAAGAUUUCACUGUAACUCUGCUUGAUGAGCUUGUAAAUCUGUAAUUCCCAAAUGUUUUGCUGUCAGCUCUCACUUUGGAAUGUUUUGUGGGUUGUUUUGGUUUUGUUUAGUUUUUUCCUCAAACAAGUGCUAUGGCUUUCUUGGAUUCUUUUAUAAAAAAAACCCCAUGAAUUUUAA